AUGUCGGUUAAUUCAAAGUGGCGGAGGGGGGCGCGGAUGUCGGGGGGUGGUGGCGCGGGGCUCAUGUCGUGUGUGCGCGAGGGCUCGCUCGAGCCGCCGUACCGACCUCCGCACACCGACACACACAACCAUGGCGAAGGGCGCACGGGUCGUUUCCUCCGUGGUCUGCGGCGCAUGUUCAAGCGUCGCGGAAGCGGCGUGCGCGCAGACGCUUCGCCCGACCCCAAGAGCAGCUCCACCAGCGAGCUGUUGGACGCUGACCGACAUGCUCGGAGAAAGGAUGGUGCAUACGGCAGCGGGCUAUCCGUGUCCCACGACUCGGUAUUCACCGGCGAGCGCUCCGGCGACGAGUCGAGCGACGAGCGCGCGCCCCCCGCUCACCUCUCCCACCUUGCAUCAUCUCAUCGGGUGAGUAAAAGCUUCCAGUACCCGAUAAUGAGGGCCUAG